GGAGUGGCAGCACAGACGUGAUAUAAGGAGACGCUCCAUCGAUUUCUUCUCAUUCUCCAGCACGUGCAGGUCGGGCAAGCAAGGCAUGAGAGCUAUCGAAUCGCUCUUUGUCGUUACUCUUCUGGCUAGCAAAGUCACUGCUAGUACAGAUGCAGAUGCAAGCAGUGAAGUGUGCGCUGGAGUGAAAGGCGACAAGGGGGAGACAGGCCAUCCGGGAUCUUCUGGACUGAGAGGAUACAUAGGAGAAAAAGGUGAAACUGGAGCUUCUGGUAAUGAUGGAGUUAAGGGUGAUGCAGGUGUGAGAGGUCCUCCUGGAGUGCGUGGUCCUGUCGGUCCACCUGGGGUGAUCGGUCCGACUGGCUAUGGUAAGACUGGAGCUCAAGGUCCGCAAGGAAACCCAGGAAGUCAGGGUCCUGUUGGUCCACCAGGUUUGCCAGGAGUAAAAGGAAUAAGAGGAGACAAGGGAAACAAAGGUAAUUUGGGUGGACGAGGAAUAGCUGGAGCUGACGGAACACCGGGCCCACCUGGGCACAGGGGGAAAACAGGAGUGACAGGAUUAAAAGGAGAAAAGGGAAUUAUAGGAGAACCAGGACACAAAGGAGAGCAAGGGAGGCAAGGAGUACCUGGACCAGCAAUUGAUUCAGAUACUUUGAAGAAUUAUGUUGAAUCAGUCAAGACGAUGAGACAAGAAGUUGAUGGUAAACUGGAUAAAUUGAAUAUCUCUCUUCAGUUACAAUUUAAGGACCUGAAACAAGAAAUUCUGGCUCUCAAAGAGAAACCUGCUGCUCACUUGUGUGGUCUUGGCAGCUCGCACGGCUAUUACAGCUCUGGAACUGUAACUCAAUGGUAUGAGAGCAGUAGUUCUGUCUGGUCUCCUUUUCUUCGCGAUGGCAUGCAGUACAGCAACGGUGUUAUCACUGUGCCCAACGAUGGACUUUACUACGUUUACGCACAAAUGUACUUUUACCACACUAGCUCAAGUUACCGCUAUGCUGGUUUUCGUAUCAGAGUAAAUGGUGCCGGUCGUGCCUUUGCUCAUUGGUACAACCACAAUUACAAUGAUUAUCACACUCAUUACGUGGGACGCAUCAUUCAGCUGAACAAGGGAGACAAACUGUCAAUAACAUUCGAACGCAACUGUUACUACUUCUUUUAUAACGAUUACACAUUUUUUGGUUCGUUUUUAGUGAACUGAUUAAAGAGUAGAAACGCUGCAUGUUUUAGAGAUGAAAAUAAAAUUUUCUGCAUUUUGUCAUUAAUUCAAUGUGUUUGCUCUCUAACGAUUCGUUCUCUAUUUCUUUCUGUCUAUCAUUUCAUAUAAGAAGCAAC